UCGCACUUGCAAAGCUCUACAGCGCGUUGAGGAAAACGCACGUUUAACGCUGCGUUUGAAUUAAAUAUCCCGGCUUGAAUAUGCUUUUCACGGCAAUAUUUUUACUGCUGCUGGCGAACUUUGCAACCCUCACUCAUGCAACCACCAGGUCUCCGCAAUCCUCCAACAGGAACGCAACCAGAACUGGAAAGGUUAAGACCCUUUUGCUUCUGGCUUAUGGUGGUGAGGACAUGGAAAUUUUCCUAACAGCUGACGUCCUGGCAAAGACGAAAGAAUUUGAUGUGACGGUGGCUGGUGUGACCGGACCAGAAAUGGUGAUAACAGGGGCAGAUGUACGAUGCAUUCCGGACCAAAGCCUUGACUCCGCCAUGCAGAGAGGUCCUUACGACCUGAUCGUCCUCCCAGGUGGCCUUUACGGAGCGCCGGUUUUGGUUGCGUCUGAUAAAGUGGGUGGAUUUGUGCGGCAACAUGUAGCCAGAGGUGGGGUGGUCGCUGCCAUUUGCGGCGGGAAUUGGGCUCUGAUGAAGUACGGCGUUUUCAAAGGAAAAAGAAUCACGUCUUUCCCUUACUUCAGGAUGCUCAUGCGACAGUUUGAUGUUCGAAAAGAAUGGAAAAUCGUUGACGAGGACCGCGUCUUGGUUGACGGUAAGCUCAUUUCGAGCCAGGGCCCCGCAACCACGGCUGAAUUUUCAUUCGCCAUUGUCGAGUACUUCCUUGGAAAACCGCAAGCCGAGCUCCUGGCUAACUUCUUCCUGUUUAAAAAUGAUUUGUUUCCUUUAUCUUAAGACAAACAAUUUCUUGAUAGAUAAA